UUGCCAUGGAAAGCAUUGCCUUAGCAACCACAGAGUUUGUUGACUGAAAGGGAAGGAAAUAUUUAGCAGAACAGAAGAAGACACAAAUAUCAAAAUGAAUAUUAGCUCAGCGAUUUGCUGGAGCAACGCCUACGUAAGCGACAGCAUCACAAAUGUGGGCCCCGAUGUGCUCUGCCUGCGAGAGGGCAACUUGCUCAAGUUUACUCAGGUCUCAACGUUGGCCGUUAGCUACUUUCGGGCCGAAACCGUGGCCACCGGACUACACAUUAGCGCUUUUACGGGCCACAAUCGCUUUCCGCUGUUUGGCUUUGCCGAAAGCGUUAUGCGUCCGAAUAUAUACAUUUACAAGUAUCCCGAGUUGACCAGAUUCUCAACAUUGCCACCCUCAGCAUUGACUUUUACCAUGAUUCGAUUUUCGGAGCUGGAUCUGUUAAUUGGAAUCGGCGGCUAUCCAAGAUAUGCGAUUUGUGUUUUCAAUUAUCGCACCAGCACAAAGAUACUAGAGCAAUCAACUUUUAUAGUGACACCAGAAUUCUCUAUUUCACUGAGCAACAGUAACUUGCCCACCAUAGUGCAGUAUGACAAGAAGGAAAUGCGCAUACUCUGCUACGAGAUGUGCUACAUUGAGAAGGAUGCGUAUUUGCAUCAGGUCUCCGAGGUGGAAAUGGGCAAACACUAUGUCAAAUCUCACAGGUACUUCAUGUGCUUCGGCGACGACAAUGGACUCUAUGUGGUCAACGACUAUGGCGAAUUCUCCCAGAUAGAUAUUGCCUGCUUUGUCAUUAAGCAGCGCUGGUCGCCCACCUAUAUAAGUGACCAGGACGUGGAUAUGCACACACGGGCGCACGCUCUCCUAUCGCACCGAAUGGGAUUCCUGAUCUCAAAUAGUUCGAUGGCAUUCUACAUUAAGAAGAAGGCUGGCAACUUCACCGUCGAAUGGACCAUUGAUCAGAGUUUGUCCCACAUUAGCCGGUUUGUCAGCAAUCAGAAUGGUGAACUUUAUGCGUCGGGCGAGCUCGGCAGCAUUCAUCGGGUGGCGGUCGAGGAGAAUGAGGGUGUCCUUAAGCAGCUGGUUGUUGGCGGCAAACCGAUUCUGGCAUUUCGUACGCUGGCCUGCUUCAAGGAGGAGUGUGUCGUGGUGUUAUAUAAUGAUGGGAUUGCCAUGAUAGACUUACCAAGCGGCAGAACGCUCUCCGAAGUGCCCAUUCUGAUGUCCUGCGCCAUUUGCUCGCAUCGUACCAAUCCCUACGUUAUCGUAGGAACCAUCGAUGGUUGCCUGGUGCUCAUCCAUUUUGACAAGCCAUCGCUGCCAAAUAUAGUCAAUGAGCUUCAAUGCGAAACGGCAGCCGUAUUCGCCAUGGACUUUCACGACAACUGUGCCGUAUUCCAGGAUCAGGCCAAAGGGCUGCACAUUGUGAACGUGGAGUACCGUCCACCCAAGAUGACACACUACUUUACCAUCAACGAUGAUCUGCUGGUCAAACAGGUUUUUGUCCAGAGCUUUCUGCUGGUCGAAGGACCGCGUCUCUUAGUCAUGAUAUCGCGGGACAAGACCCUAAAGAAGCCCGGCCAUGCAGAUGAGAUGUGGAUCUACAAUUGGACCAAAGACAGACGCCUGCAUAGACGCGAAUUGCCAUUGCCCAACAGCUAUGUGGCAUUCUUCGUACAGGCGCCGAUGGGUCGUUGGGUACAGAUUGAGAUUGUGGCUGUGGUCAAGGACAGCAGCAUAUUCGAUCAGUUCAUGCUCAACGAGCGCAGUGAGCUCCUGUGGGCCGCAUCGAUAAGGUCGACUCACUUCGGCCACAUCAUAGGCAUCGGCCAGACAAAGCAUCUGCUCACAUGGGGCGUUGAUGGAAUUAUGGUCCACUUUCGCCAACACAAACGUGCCAAGAAGGCAUUCAUGAUGUCGCGCUUCAUAGCGCUUUUCUUCAGGCCCCACUUUCUGCUGCGUGCCAGAGAGUGCUACAAUUCCAAAUACCUUUUGGUACUGAGCGCCAACAAUGUGAUGUGGGUAAGUCGUCUACCCUCGCUGGCCGACAAUGUGCGUGAGAACACCGAAUUGGAGGUGCCCGAGAGGUUCAUAGUGCAGCAAACGGCGAUGGUGUCACGGGUUUUUCUGCCACUUACUGUGAAACUGGAGGUUAAGGAGGAAUACGCAUAUGCGGAUCUGUUAAAGCGCGAAAAGCUGUUGCAGAUGAUCCAAGAUUUUUCGGCCAAGGUGACGGCGCUCAUUGAUUACGACAUUUCCGUGACGGGCAAAUCGAAGGGAAUUUUCAAAAAGUUUUGCUACCAUUACAAAUGGCUGGACGCCUUGACUGAGGAGGCGCACAAGUUGUGCGAGCUGGAGCGACAAUCGUUGAUGCGUGCCAUUGACGAUCAGUCGCGGAUACGGGAUUGGAUUAUGCAGCUGGUGACGCGUGACGCUGCCAACAUUAUUUACAAAGUGCGUUCGAUAUUCGCAGAUGCGAACUUUGAGAGUUUCGCAUUGGUACGUAAGAGGAGUGCGACGACAUUCGAUAAAUAUCGAUUCUACGAUCUGGAGGAUCACAUACGACUCUCUGUGAUGUCCAUGGAAGAGCUGGAAGAUGAGCCGGCGCAUCCAGAUCGAAAUACCGAAGGCGACACUGGCAAGAAGUCCAGUCACGAGAUGAAACUCUAUGUGGUCGAAGGGCCCAGUAUCUAUGAGCACAUCAUGGCACCACAAUUUCAAUUGCAGAGCAAAAACACCGUCACUUCGAAUCAAAUAUUCAACGAUAAUUGCAAGUAUCGCUUUUAUUUGGUGGAUCCAAUGAAGCAGGAGUUCAACAAGCACUUCCACGAGGCCCAGCAACUGAAAAAGGAGACCAUCGAUAAUGUGCUCAGCACGAAUAAUGUGCUUCUCAAGAUCUAUGACAAUAUGAAUUGCAUGCUAAGACUCUUGAGCAUGGAGGCGUUUAAGCUGCCAGAGCUAACUGUGCCAGAACUAGCCAAGGAUGAGGUCAUCAAGUGCAUUCUGGAGGUCGAUGAUUCGGAAAUUAAGGCAAUCAAUCGACGCAGACGCAAAACUAUCGAUACGGGCGGCAAGAGGGGUCGCCUGCUGCUCUGGUCGGUGGAGUUCUGGGCGCGGGCACUGAUUGUCAUGAUGGAUGGCGUCAUCGAAAAGCUGUGGGAAGAGGAGAUCAAAAAGGAUAUACCGGUGCCUGAGUUUACGCUAAAGAAGCAGCCGCACGAGUACACGCUGGAGGAUCAAAAGAUUUAUCGUGCUUAUGAGGAUGCCGUGAAUCUGCUCCAGGAGGAUCGUCGCAAGUAUUUGCGCAUUUUGAACGAGAACGAAGCCAAAACGCUGCAGCUAAAGACAAAGCAAAUCCUCAAGCUAAACCAACGUGUUGCCGAGCUCAUGCUACUGAAACUCAAGUACGAUUUUGCCCAGAAACAAUGCCGCGUCCGUAUGCUCAAUCUCAUGACUAUCAAUCACUCGCGCGAUCAGUUGCGCGAGAAGAUCAACCACCACCGGACCGAUAUUGAUAAGCUUAACGAGUACAUUAAACGCUACAGCAACCUGCUGGACUUCUGGGAGAGAGCACUGCUGGAUGUACGCACGCGUCUCGAGGCCCAGCAGUCGCGAGAUCGCGCCUUAGAGCGACAGUUUCGCGGCAACUUCCUAAACUCUGUGCCACAUGCAGCCCACGAAAUGACCAAGCUAUUCAAGAAACGGCCCAAAUUGCCCAACAAACUGUUUAGCUCAUCGCUAAUUUGCGUUGAGGUCGCACAGAGACUCUCCCCCAAGCAAACGAAUCGUGUGGGCUUCCCCAUGCCCAAGGAGAUUGCCGACUUUUUGUCCUAUAUCGCCGACAAUGAUGCGCCCAAGUAUAGUCCAGCCUCUGUGGAUGCCAAGUCCUGGGAUAUUUUUGUCAAGUUGCGCCGUCAGAAGAUCGAAAGCGAGCUGCGCCUUAAGGGCAUCAGCCAUCAGUUGGUAGACAGCCAAAACUAUUUGAACAGCCUGACCAAGGAUAUAGCCGGUCUAAAGGACACAAAGGCUCAGACCCAAAAGGAAAUGGAGGACAGCAUACAGCAGUAUUUGGAAGCCAUGAGAAAUAUGCCGCUACAGUUGACCUUAUCACUGGGUCAGGUGGAGGUUAUGGUUAUGGGCUCGACCAAGUCGCUAUCGAACUGCGUUUUGAUGCAUGUGGAGGACAUCAAUGAAGUUAAUCGUAUGAUAAAGGAUGCUGGCAAUAAGAAAAUAAAAGCCAUGCAGCGCGUUGCCAUCUUCAGACGUCAGGUGAUCUUUAAGGAAUGGGAACACAAACUGUAUAAGGCCAAUAUUGCCUAUCUCAAGUAUAUGCUAGAUGCCAUCGAGAAGUGUAAGGUGACCAUCGAGUUUCUCAACAUCUUACGCAACUGGGACAAGGUCAAGACGGAACGUCAAAAAUAUAUGGCAGCCGGUGCUAUAGAACGUAUUUUAGAGCAAAAAAUUGCGGUCUUUAGGAAGCAAAUCGAACGCAUCAACAUCAAAAUCGAUAUAGUGAAGCAGAAAACUCUGGAAAUUAAGCGCCAAAAUCAUUCGAUUGAUUCUAAAAUCGAACGCCUCAAAGUGGAUGUUGCCUUGCACAAUUCACUGCGCGAUGUUAUGAUGGAGGAACGACGCGAUCGUGAGCAGCGCGAGCGCAUGGAACAGAUAAAAACGCAUCGAUCGUUAUUGGACAAUGUGCGCAAGCACUAUGCUCAUGUCUUGGAAUUGCAAACUAUUUUGGAAUUAUUACGACUGCGCACAUACCCUACCUUGGGGCCGCCUUUGCCCCAAUGUCAUCCGCCCGUACCAGAGCAUAUACUCCACUCUGUACCUUAGAUCGGCAUCUUUUAAAAAUGGUUGGGUAAGUAUAUUGAAAGACUACAAAUAUGCCGAAUGAUAAGGAGAGGAAGAUCAGGUCUUUGGCAAGUGCAAAAAAAUACAUUUCGUUGUAAUGAUGCAUCGAUUAUUUGAAAUAAACUUGGUUCUUCUUAUUGACUAA